AUGGCUUACCUUUCUUUCAUUGAUGAUGAUGAGGCUUGGAAAUUGAAUGACCAUUCCUGUAGCACUACUUACCUGAAAAAACUUGUGGUCGUGGAUGAUAAAGGUCGACAGCAUUUGAAGACCCUGCAAUUUUGCAAGUGUGAAGUUGAAGCUGUACGCUUGAUUAGGUUCAACCUGUGGCCAUCUUCAACCAAAUUUCCAAAGGUGGCAUUUCACUUUGACUUCAUGCGCUGGUUAUGUGGUCUUCUUCUUGAAAGCUCGGUGUCAGUUAAAAGUUUCUGCUCCGCAUUAGACGCGAGGACAUCAAAGCACGUGAAGACAUAUAUUCAUCACCCUGUCAAAGAUUUGUACAAAGUGCUUGUAGGAGGAACAGCCGAUAAAUUUCGACAUUUUAUCUACCAAACGGAAAACAUCCACGAUGAUGGAUCCAAAUGUCCAGCUUGUUAUGAGUCGUCCGCUAAGAUCUACUGCUGUGAUGCAGAUUUCCAAUUAGUUCGUAAAGAAUCUUCUGGGAAAAAUUGGUCAGACCCUAAGCACAACAAUCGGCUAUUUGUAGAUCAAGACGCAGUAGAUUUAUUUAUUGAUGAAUAUUCUGCUGACAAAAAGAAACCAGAAAUGAAUUGCAGUGACUUUCAAGCUGGCAAUAACUUGCGAUCCAAAUAUAAAAACAAGAAGUUGUCAGAGACUGCUGUGUUUGGAUGUGCUUGUCGUCACGAGUGUCCAAAAAUAUUCUUCAGUUUGAAGCAUGGUGAAAGGCUUGGGUACUCAGUUUUCCUUUUAAACAAACUUUUGGAAGAAGAUGGCCAACAUGGGAAAUUAUACAUGAUGUAUGACAUUGCAUGCAGCUUACAUCAGCAUUUGAAGAAAAACAACCAGAAUGCUGUAUUAGAGAGAACCAGUUUUGCCAUACCAAUUUUCCAUGCUUAUGGCCACAAAGUGGACUGUCAGAUUCUAUACAGUCCUAGACGAAUAGAAGGCCUUGGAUUAACUGAUGGAGAAGGAAUGGAAAGGAUUUGGUCGUUUUUAGGAAAAUUUUCAAAGAUAACCAAAGAAAUGACUCCAGAAAACAGAAUCGACCUACUGACCGAUGCCCUGCUGCAUUAUGGUCAGAAAAUGAAAAAUAAGUUAGGUAUGUGA